AUGAGUGCUAGUGUUGCACAUGAUCUAUCUGAUAGAGAAAUGAUCGAAUUCUCAGAAGAUGAACAUUUAACCUUCUUUUUUAAUAUUGAUUAAGUAUUUUACUAUUAUAUUUCAAGGUAUAUAGUGAAAUACCAGGAGUUAUAUAAAAUUAUGGCACUUUUGCAUAAUCAAUUUAAAUUUCUAGGUAACUUUCAAAUACUAUCAUUAAAAAUGCUAUAAUUGAAGCUUAAGAAAGAGUAAAAGUCUAAAUUAUUUAAAAAGUUUAUCUAAAGAAAUAUUCCUAUUAAUGCUAUUAAUGAAAUUGAAUCUGAAACUAAACUUUUAUUGAAUGCUUAAUUAAAUGAUGGAGGAAUUGAAGUAGAAACAUGUUAUUUAAAUGAAGAUCAAGAACCUGUAUUUAAUUAUUCUAUAUUAAGGAACCUAUCUUUUGCGAUAGAUGGAGAAGAAAUAGAAUAUCAAUCAUAAAUGGUAGUACUUUAUAAUAAAUUAAAUCAAAUAGAAUUAGAUAAUCAUGAUAAAGAUUAAAAUGAUGAAAAAUAUACAUCUGAUCCAAAUAAAAUACUUGAUAAUUAAAAAUAAACACUUUAAAAGCACUUUACUACAGAUUAUUCAACUAAUAAUACUAAGAGAACUACUUUAAGACUUCCAACAACCCCAUAAUAAAAUUAAUUUGAAGCUAAAUUGAUCUCCAUUUAUUCAGAAGAAUUUGAAGAUGAAUUUGAAGAUAAAUUAAGAAAUGCUAAAUUAUAUGAAAUGAAAAAAAAAAAUGAAAUUGAAUAAAAGAAAAAAGAAGAUAAAUUAUAAAGCUAAGUAAAUAUAUUUAUAUAUUAAUAAUUUUAGAUUGAAAAAAAAGAUGGAGGGUCAUAAAAAUAUACUUAUGAUUUUGAUGGUAAAAUUUUAUUAGCUAGAGCUGUAAAAAUGGAUAAAUUAUAACCAACAAAUUAGAAAUUAAAAGUUGAAUUUAAAGAACCUUAAAAAAUUGAACAAUAAAUUUAACCAUAAAAAAAAGGAGGAAAAAGAGAUUCCACUAAAAUUAAUAAGCCAUAAUGUCCUGAAUAAGAGAUACCAAAUAGAGUAUAAUAUUUACACAUAAGGUUUUAUAAGAACGCAAAGAUACAACUAAAGAAGUUAUUGGAGAUAAAGCUUUAAGAAUUGACAAAACAUCCUAAUUUCCUUAUGAAGUUUUUACAAUGAAUAAUGGAGUUAAAUUAUUCUUUGAACAUAAAAUGAAAGAAGGAAUAAGACAUUAAAUAAGUGAUUCUGCAGAACAUUUGUAAAUCAAAUUAUCAGGUUCAAAUCUACUAUCUGGUGAUGAUGCUUAAAAAUUUGCUUCUUAAAUUAGAUUAACAAAAGCUGAAUAUCAACUUUUAACAGAUGCCUAAACUUUAUAAGCUACUAAAUCUUAAUUUAUGCCUAGUGAAAAUAUUAAUAAUCCAGAUCAUGAUUAAUAAGUUAAUUAAUAAUCCAUUUUAUUAAAAAAGAAAUUAGGAGAGAUUGGCAAAGCUGAAAUUUAACAAGAUUCUAAAUAAGUCUAAUUUAAUACUGGAUCUAAUUUAUUAUAACCUAUAAAAAAAGAUCUACCUCCCUAAUAAACUUUUCAAACUGAAAGAAUUCAACUUAAAAACGUUAAAAUGAUAGAAAAUUUAAUUGUAACUGCACUACCAGAUACUCCUAAAUCUUCAAAAUAAGAAAUUCCUUUGACUUAACUUCCUGAUGGAGUUUCUAAGUAAAUUCAAACUAAUAUGUAUAUAGAAAUCCUAUUGACAUAUUUAAUUAAUAAUUAUUAAAUUAAAAGGAAUGGGGUAAACAAAUAGGAAUUAAAACUAAUUACUUUCCUCCUGUUAAGCAACAAAAAAGAUCAUUAGAGACUAAAGCUUAUAAAGGAAGUUUAGAACAAAUGUAAAUUGUCUAUUUAUACUUUUUAGGUAUAAAAUGCCGAGAGAAAGACUUGUUGCUCAAACAGGUAGAACUGCUAUGAACUUUUAUAAAUCUAAUGAGGAUGGUAACAUUUAAAUCUAUUUUUAGGAUCAAAGAAGAUAACUAAAUCUCUCACUGAUGGAUUAAUGUAAACAUUUUAUACAACUCAUUCUAAAUUUAGUGAUAAACUUAGAUAAUGA